AUGGCGUCGCCUAUUGUGCCUACCGACGAGCAAGUACUCUCCGAGAUCAAGACCUUCGCUACUCCUCUUGGCCGCCAGAAAUUGCUGAACGCCAUGCGUAGCAAGAACAACUGGGCUCUUUCUGAUGCACGCCUCAAACGACUCUUGGCUGAGGUGAAUGACCAUGCCACUGCUACUCAUCAAGACUCCUUAGAAUCUACCGACGUAGUUUCUCUGUUAACCGACUAUGGUAAUGCCAUCUCUGCUCCUCUGACUCAGGACUUGUCAGAGGGACCCAAUGCCACCUAUGAAGCGGAAGAAUUAAGCGACCUUCCACCCCCAGUUCUCCCAACAAAUCCCCUCUCUGCUCAGCUUCAGUUCCAUAAAGAGAGCCCUGGAUUUUUCAUUCUUUAUGGCCGUGGGGAGUACGACUACGCCGUCAUUCCAAACUCUUCCAUUGCGAUAAUCCUUUCGCUUUUAGAAUUUCUGAAAGGCAAACGAAUGCCUUUAUCCGUGGAUCAGCAGAAAGCUUUGAACGAAAAUGGGGGAGUGCAGACUAUGUUUGAAUAUUACGAAGCUGCAGGGAAAAAGGCUGGGAUACCUGUUGGCGACAUUGGACGACAAUUUGAAGCCGAGUAUGGUAUCGACCCACUUCGCUGGCGUACAAAGAGACAAAAUGACCCUGCCUGGAGAAAGACAUAUGAUGGAGUGAAGGAGGUGAUACACAAGAAAUAUAUGAUACCAGUGAUGAAGGCUAUGAGCGAGAGCCUGGUUGUACCUCGAGGGAUGAUACCUAUGGAUGAGGCCGGUAAUCCCAUCUACGAUCCAAAGGUCAACGGCCGCUUCGCUUUGGUCAUCACGAAAAUUAGCAAGGUGACAGGAAUAGAAUGCGGUGAUCUCCCAUGGAAGUGA